GAACUGCUUACAGUGAAGGUUCAGGAAUGGUAGAGUAAUCUUAACCUGACACAGCAGAUCAGCUGAAACUGCACAUUUCCUGUCUCUUCCUUUAUUUUCUUAUUAGGCAUGUAGAGCGGCUUGUCUUCCCUUUUCUUGGUGCGAAGGUGUUUAUCUUAGGCCUAUCCCUAGAACUAGUUUAGUUAUAGAGAUCACAUAUGGCCUCAUUGGAACAUAAGCGCGACAAGCAAGAGCCCUUCUAUGUCAGCCAUGGUGCUAAGAGACAGACCAGUGCCGAGAUAGUGAAAGAAGCCCAACGCUCUCUCAGGAUCCUCAGCACUCAGAGGCCCUUCACCCCACGGGAUGAGCUUCGGCAGCUCUUUGGAGACACAUCUGUCCGUACACGUGACGGAAGGCCACCAUCUUCAUUCAGUCUUCAUGCUCGGAAUUUUGAGACUUCUGAUUCCAGGCCAAGUUCUGGAACCCGUCUCUCUCCUUUGGAACAUAAGCCCAGGUUGCCUCUUUCCCUGGAUGAAGGCUGCAAUGAGGGUGGAACAACUGUGCCCAAGCCACCAGUUGACCGUCUGGAUAAGACAGGCUCAGGAGGGACCCGGUCCAGGCGUCUCAGAACACGAUCACUCACUCGACUACCUCCUAUGACCCAGCACUCAAAAGUACUUCAAACUGAGGAUUGUCAUAAGCCCCCAAAACUGAGUAAGCAAAGAAGCACAGAACAUCUCCAGCAUUUUGAUCCCAUGGGAGCACGAAUAGAGGCAUUCCCAGAAACUCAAGAGACACCUAUGAAACACAGUGGGAUACCACGGACCAGCAGAGCUGACCCUCAUAUGAAGGAAACAAAAACAGAAGUGUAUGGCCAUGAAGACCUGACAGGAAGUCAUGCCACAGAUGAAUCUGCGUUCUGGAACUCUGAGGUACUUCCUGUUCUGCAGGAGUUUGAGACCGUUACACCAGGAGGAAGUGUAUCAGAGAAGACUGUUCAGCAUAUGUGUGAUGCCUGCACUGCUCUUCAUGAUGUGCUGGCAGAGAAAGGCAUGCUGGGAAGGCGGUUUAAGAAAAGAACCUCCAUUCUCCGAGCACUGUUCAGACUCAUAGAUUUGGGAUCAGACCAGCUCAACUUAACUCUGGCCAAACUCAUUCUGGCACUCAGUAUCAGUGGCAACAACUUGCUUAACAUUUGCAAGCUCAUCUUCAAAAUCAGCCGGAGUCCCAGUAAUGACGUCCUGUUCCAGAACAACUCCAUUAUAGAUUCUCUCCUCUUGCUGCUGCAGUGUGAGGAUGUGUAUAGCAGUGGAGAGACUUUGUUGUACAGCAUGGGCUCCCUGAAGCUCCUCUCAGGAAACUGCGCCCUCUCCAGGAUGCUGCUUGCUAAAGAUUUCAUCAGAGUCUUGCUGCAGCUUGCUCAGAGGCUCAUCCAGUCGACUGGCCCUAAUGCUCCAUCUGAUACUGAUCACAUUGUAGCAGGAUCUGGACAACAUGUUAUAGCAGGACACAUACUAGUGCAGCUGACAGCAGCUCUAAGAAACAUGGCCGACCUGUCUGAGUCACGUUCUGACUUCUUGUUCAACGGUGUCUUCUCUACACUCUGUACAGUUAUGGAUCACCACCAGGAUGACCCGGAUAUCUGUCUUAAUGUGGCCAGGAUAUUUAGCAAGCUGUCCUCCUAUGCUGGGUGCUGUUAUGCACUAGCUGAGAUGCCGUGCUGCUACAGGCUAUUUUUAGACCUGUUGAGCAAACACAGCAGGAAACAGGAUCUGGUGGUACGUCUCUUGUUCACUUUAGGAAAUCUAGCUGCCAGGAGCAAUGAGGCCAGAGAAAACAUGUAUAAGGAGGAGGGGGCGGUCGACAUUCUGUUAGGUCUUUUCCAGAGCUACAAGCCAGCAGCUGUGGCACCUAAAAGUCUUCAGGACAUCUGGGGCCCUCAGCAUGAAAAUGAGGAUCUCUUGGUGAAGCUUAUAAGGGUCUUGGCCAACCUGUCCAUUCACCCUACUAUAGGCAUAGCACUGGCAUCUAAUGCACUGUGUGUGCAGCUACUGCUGGAGGUGAUGGAGGUCAGAUCAGUGGAGGAAAGCACAGAGCUGAUAGUGAAUGCCUCAGCCACAAUCAACAAUUUGUCAUACUACCAAGAAGAGAGCUCUGUGGUCCGUGCCCAGCAUACACACAUCUCUCAACUGUUGGUGAGGUUGUUGUUAAGUUCUAAUAUGGAUGCUGUGUUAGAGGCCACCCGUGUGUUUGGUAACCUCUCUCAGAUCAAAGAUGUGCGGCUCUUCAUCAUCAAGAACAAAGUGCACCAGUUUGUGGUGACCCUAUUGGACUCCAAGAACCCUGAUGUGUGUUUCUCAGCAUGCGGAGUCCUCAUGAACCUCUCUGUGGAUUCAGAGAACAGAGCCAUGCUGAGAAAAGAGGGAGCUAUACACAAGUUAAUUGACUGUCUGCGGGACUUUGGGCCUCAGGACUGGCAGUUGGCUGGUCUAGUGUGUCAAACUCUCUGGAACUGCAUUGAAGAUGGGGAGGCACAGUACAUGCUAGAGCUGCUGGAAAUACUCUGUCUUUAUUCAGACCAGAAAUGUUUGCGGUGGCCCUCCAGUGAUGACGUCAAAGAGUACCUAGAGUCAUGCUGGGAGCUAGACUUUUUACCUGUUGCUCAGAAGCUGAAGAAACGUAUACAAAGCCAUGUGACCUUACUGGAACCAAUCAGUGAGGCCUCCUGAUCAACCAUUCACUACAUUUGAAGUGUGUAGUGUGUGCCUCCAAGUGUGUGACAGAUCAAUUAAUUUUUCAGGGUAUUUACUGACUGCAUUUAAAUGUUUCCAAUGUUUUGUAUCUGUCAACGCAAAUGAAACAUUUUAAACAUCAACUAAAAAGAAUUCAAGGAAACCUUUUAAUAUGUUCCUGAUGUGUAGCAUAAAGAAGGAACACUGAGUGAGGACACUGUGAAUGUCUCUGGACUAUAAAAUGAAUGAAGUGUGA